GUGACAACAGCAACCAGGCAACGCGAGAGAUGGAGCUAUCAUCUACCAAAAUAUUGGAAACAGGGAGCAAUGAGUGGGAGGAGAUGGUGUUGGAGAAGAUCAAAUGGUGUCAAGAGCGGAAAAAACCGCCUCUGGUAUGGGCCGUCGAAAUUGUCAAAUGCUUACAAUCCUCUAACUCAGUUGUCGAGUUGCCCAGCCCUGAGUUAGGCCACCUGCUGGUCUCCCAUCUUUGUUUCAACAACAACCACCCCUCCCUCUGGAAGUUCAUUUACCAGGCUUUCUCUUCUCGUCUUCUCUCUCCUCUUCAACUCCUCUCCCUCCUCACUUCUAGAGUGAUUCCCAAUCGACACUCGCACCCAGAAGCUUACAGGCUCUAUCUUGAGCUCUUAAGACGAUAUGCAAUUGUAUUUGAUCCUGUUCGCUCAGAUUCUUGUAAACGCAAGAUAAUAGAAUCUGUGGAUUUUGCCCUUUGUCUCUCUCAGAAUUAUGGAGUUCAUGUUGUUGAACUUGGGCAUGCAUUUGUCUUAUUCUUUUUCAGCAUUUUCCUUGAUCUGCUUGAUAGCACUCUGGAUGACUGGGGAUUGCAACUGAAAUCUCUAGAAACUCAAAAUGAAGCAAGUGGAAACAUGGAUCCCUUGAAAAUGGAUUUAGACUUGAAGGAGACUUACAACAGUGGGAGAAAUGACCAACGCGAAAACUUGAGGAGGAAGAAUUCUCGUAUGGCCAUAGAGGUGUUGGGAGACCUAUCCAGGAGCAGAAAAGCUAAAUUUCUACUUAGGCUUGUUUACCUCAACAUGCCUGAAAAAUUCGAUGGCCUACUGCAGAAGCUGCAGUUUCUCGAAGCCAUCAACAUGACAUUGCCUGACAAGUCUGUGAAUAAUCUCGUAGCAAGAUUGUCUGCCAAUAUUCAGAGGGUAUUGGACUUUGAAUAUCAGUUGAAUAAGCGUCAAUUCAUUGGGAUGCUGAUUGAUACUGGAUCAUCUAGACGAGUUACUUAUUGUGGUCCUGGAUCUGGUCAGUUUAGUUGCUGGGUUCCCUUUGAUAUUUACAUGGAGAAGGCAAUGGAUGGGAGGCACCUUCCUAUCAGAUCAGCUGUUGCUAUUCUUACUGAGACAAUUAAUUCACUCAGAGUAGUCAACCGGGCAAGUUGGCAAGAAACUUUCCUGGAACUUUGGAUUUCAGCCCUUCGACUUGUGCAACGAGAACGUGAUCCUCUCGAAGGUCCUAUUCCACAUCUUGAGACCCGACUUUGUGUUCUUUUGUCUAUUGUGCCCUUGGCUAUUGCUUGUAUUUUGGAGGAUGAGAUCAAACUGUCUUCAUGUUCUCUCCAAGGAGCUACGCCAUCUUGUUUUGUAGAGACUGGCUGUGAAAGCAGAAUGGUAGAAAAGAUUUGUGCUUCUAAAAAACUUGGAUUGAUUUCUUCUCUGCAGCUUCUUGGAAAUUUUUCAGGUCUCCUAUGUCCCCCAGCAUCAGUCACAAAUGCAGCUAAUAGAGCAGCUAAAAGAGCGGCCAGCUUCGUUUCUAGUUCCGCAAUAGAGGGUUUACCUGGUGGCAUCCCUGUUGGUAACAUGAGGCAUCUCAUAGUAGAAGCUUGCAUAACAAGAAACUUGAUAGAUACAUCAGCCUAUUUUUGGCCCAGUUAUCUGUCUGCAUCAAUAAUCCCAGUACCUGAUUUAUCAACUGUUCAGAAAUCUCCCUGGUCAAUAUUUAUGGAAGGAGCUCCUUUAGCUGGUUCUCUGAUAAAUAUGCUUUUCAUUACUCCUGCCUCAAGUCGAGCAGAGGUAGAGAAGUUAUAUCAUAUUGCACUGAGUGGAUCAGGAGAGGAGAAGGCAGCGGCUGCAAAGAUUCUCUGUGGUGCAUCACUCAGUUGUGGAUGGAAUAUUCAGGAACAUGUGGUGCACUUUGUUGUCAAGCUUCUUUCUCCUCCAAUACCUCCUGGUUAUACCACGCAAGGGAGCCACUUGAUUGAUUACAUGCCCAUGCUUAGUGCUAUCCUUUUUGGAGCUUCCUCCAUUGACACAGUUCAUAUACUUUCUCUGCAUGGUGUGGUUCCUGAAGUUGCGGCUGCCUUAUUACCACUGUGUGAGGUUUUUGGGUCCCUUACACCUACAUCUAGUAAUAGAUCAAAUGCAGGUGAUGAGCCCUCAGUUUACAUGGUUUUUUCAUCUGCUUUUCUCUUUCUUCUUCGCCUAUGGAAAUUCUACAGGCCCCCACUUGAGCAAUGUAUAACUAGUGGAGCAAUUGGAGUCGACCUUUCUCUGGAAUAUCUUUUAUUACUAUGCAAUAGCCGCAUUACAUCACACCACACUCCAGUCCCAGAUGAAAUAAAAAGCGCUAUGGACCAACUUGAAUAUGCUUCAGAGAAACCUGUAUAUAUUGACAAUUUUCCAAAAUUACGAGCUUGGUAUUGCCAAAACAAAUCCUGUAUAGCUUCAACACUUUCUGGCCUUUCUGCUGGAAGUCCUGUUCAUCAAGUUGCAAAUAAGAUUUUAAAUAUGAUUUACUGGAAAAUCACUAAAAUUGGUGCUUCAUCGGGCAAUUCUUCAACUCCAUCAAGCAGCAGCAUGUGUGGGUCUCCAACAAGUACUGGCGAAGAUGCUUACCAAAGACCUUUACUUGCUGCAUGGGAGGUCUUGGAAGCUCUCCCAUUUGUUCUUGAAGCAAUUCUAACUGCUUGUGCCCAUGGAUGGCUUUCCUCUCGGGAUUUAACUACAGGCCUGAGGGACCUUGUUGACUUCCUGCCUGCUUCUCUAGCUGCUAUUAUUAGUUACUUUUCUGCUGAGGUAACUCGUGGUAUCUGGAAACCAGUUCCAAUGAAUGGAAUAGAUUGGCCUAAUCCUGCUGCAAUCCUAUCAUUAGUUGAAUCUGAAAUGAAAGAAAUAUUGGCUACUGCUGGUGUUGAUAUUCCAACAUGUUCCUUUGGGAUGUCACCUGUGAUGCUACCACUGCCAGUUGCAGCCCUUGUCAGUUUAACCAUUACUUUCAAACUCACCAAGAGCCUGGAGUACAUCCAUGCUGUUGUUGGGCCAGCACUGGAGAACUGUGCAUCAGGUUGUCCUUGGCCUAGCAUUCCCAUAAUUGGCUCUCUUUGGGCCCAAAAGGUCCGCCGUUGGCAUAACUUCAUUGUUGUAUCAUGCUCCCGUUCUGUGUUCAGGCAAAACAAGGAAGCUGUUUCUCAACUCUUGAGAAGUUGUUUCAGCUCAUUUGUAGGAUCUGUCCAUGAUGCAACUUCUUUGUUAACCAAUCAAAGGAGGAUUAAUGGUCUACUGGGCAGUGUUCUUGCAUCUCCUGGGAUUUGUCCUUCCUUGGCACCUGGAUUUCUUUAUCUUCGCUCUUGUCGGUCAAUACACAAUAUUCGGUGUGUGAACGAUGUGAUUGUAGGGCUUGUAGUGGAGUAUGCUCGAGAAUCAGCAAUAAGAUGGGCAAGCACUGAUUCCCCCCGCCUGAAGUCUAGUGAAGCAUCACUAGGUCACUGGUGUGGGGCGUUGGGGACAAACCCCCAUCCUGGGCAGUGUCAAGAAGCGUGGAUUCGUGAAGUGAAGCUGGAGACAUUGCAAAAGUUGGCAGUUGGAUUGAUGGGAUGGCAUGAAAAUGAGCUAGCUCUUUCUCUCCUAGAAAGAGGAGGGGUUGGAGCUAUGGGAUUAAUAGCUGAGCUGUUAGAUGUCAUAAAUUGA